AUGGCUGCAGCUGGAAACAGUAACGGCAAUGCUAUGCAAGGCCUUCUGCCGGAGUCUGACAACCUCAUAACAUCGGAGAUAACGACGUUAGAGCAGACAUCACUCCACCUACAAUUGACGGAGGACUACCGCCCCGUCGCGGGCAAGGUCGGACUGGAAAUUGAUACAAGGAAGUGGGAGGUAUUCGCAUCGUUUGAGAACUAUAUUUCCACUCAUGUUGCAUCGCUUUCACCACAAGCCCCUUUUCGGAGUCGAGACAUCCUAGUCAAAAUCCUGUUCGACCGUCUACGAGCCGUCCAAGUUGACCUCGCUGCAAGAUCAAUGCUAAUACGUGAGACUCAUUCGCUCGAAACACACAUCCCAGGCACGGGUGAGAUCGUAUAUGGCAACGCCGAUUGUGAAAAUAGCAGUAACUAUGACAAUGACAAUGACUUCGAUGACGACUACGAAGACGACUACAGUGAUUGA